UCUUUCAAGCAUCUUCAACCUCACGUGGAGAAAUCGGUGCUUUGACUAUUGGACAUCAAUGGCGAAAUAAGCUUGCACGGCAAGAAAAGGAAGGACCUGAUAAGUUUCCAUUUGCUUGUUGCCACGCACUUUAAAUCCAUACUAGACUCAAGUUCCCACUAUUAUUCAGUUCAGAAUAAUAAGGGAAGCGUGAAGUUUCUCUCCUCUGUCUGCAAGAUAACUGAUUUGGUGCAUAUAAAGCAAAAGAAAUCCGUGAUAAGAUUUCUCUGAGAAAGACGGUGAUAAUUAUGGAGAAGGGGGAGGAGGACAGAGUUGGAAAAGAACAGGGAUGGCAUGGCGACAUUGAAAAGAAUCGUGAGGCGUCAUCAAGUAAUUCAGAGGUUAAAGAAACAGGCAAGAUUGAGGCUGGAAACAUCCGAGAUCCGGAAGAUAGUGAGAAGAAGGGAGAAAACAACCACACUGUUCCUUUCUACAAGUUGUUUUCUUUUGCCGACCACAUCGAUGUCUUUCUUAUGAUUUUGGGGUCUGUUGGAGCACUGGCGAAUGGGGCUGCUUUGCCUCUCAUGACAGUUCUCUUUGGGAACUUGAUCCAGUCUUUUGGAGGAGCUAAAGAUAUUCACGACGUGGUUCACAGGGUUUCAAAGGUAUCCCUUGAGUUUGUAUAUUUAGCUGCAGGCUCAGGAGUGGCAUCCUUUUUACAGGUGGCUUGUUGGAUGGUCACCGGGGAGAGGCAGGCAACAAGAAUAAGGAACUUGUACCUGAAAACCAUAUUAAGGCAAGAAAUCGCAUUCUUUGAUAUGGAAACAAACACAGGGGAAGUUGUUGGAAGAAUGUCAGGGGAUACUGUUCUAAUCCAAGAUGCAAUGGGAGAGAAGGUUGGUAAGUUCAUUCAGCUAACAUCAACAUUUUUUGGGAGCUUCAUAGUUGCAUUUGUUCAAGGAUGGCUUUUAUCCCUCGUGAUGCUAUCCAUAAUUCCACUCCUUGUGGUUGCUGGUGCAAUAAUGUCCAUUGUUGUAUCCAAGAUGGCCUCAAAAGGGCAGGAAUCCUAUGGCGAUGCUGCAGUAAUUGUAGAGCAAGCAAUUGGAUCAAUUAGAACUGUUGCAUCUUUUACUGGGGAAAAGAUUUCAGUGUACAAGUACAAAAAUGCACUAAGAAAGGCCUACACCGCCAGUGUUCAGGAGGGCCUGGCUGCAGGAUUGGGUCUUGGUUUUGCCAUGUUCUUCAUGUUCUGCGGUUAUGCGUUAGGUGUUUGGUAUGGAGGAAAGCUUAUAUUAGACAAGAGCAAAGGGUACACUGGUGCAGAUGUUAUUAAUGUAAUAUUUGCACUUCUCACUGGUUCCUUUUCUCUAGGCCAGGCAUCACCUUGUUUGACAGCCUUUGCAGCAGGCCAAGCAGCAGCAUACAAGAUGUUCGAGACAAUCAGAAGAAAGCCCGAGAUUGAUGCUUAUGAUACAAGCAAGAAGAAAUUAGAUGACAUUAAUGGAGAUAUUGAAUUCAGAGAUGUCUAUUUCAGCUAUCCAUCCAGAUCAGAUGAACAAAUAUUCAGAGGUUUCUCUUUUUUAAUUACUUCUGGCACAACUGCAGCAUUAGUUGGGGAGAGUGGCAGCGGGAAGUCAACUGUGAUAAGUCUAAUUGAAAGGUUUUAUGACCCACAAGCUGGUGAGGUCCUUAUUGAUGGUACAAAUAUCAAAGAUCUUCAACUUAGAUGGCUUAGGGGUAAGAUUGGGCUUGUGAGCCAGGAGCCUGUUCUUUUUGCCUCGAGCAUUAAAGAUAACAUCUCUUAUGGCAAAGAUAAUGCAACCAUUGAAGAGAUCAAAGUUGCUGCCGAGCAAGCUAAUGCUUCCAAGUUCAUUGACAAGAUGCCUCAGGGACUAGAUACCAUGGUUGGGGAGCAUGGAGCUCAACUUUCUGGAGGCCAGAAACAAAGAAUUGCCAUUGCUCGAGCUAUUCUCAAGGACCCAAAGAUAUUGCUACUUGAUGAAGCCACUAGCGCUCUCGAUGCAGAAUCCGAACGAGUUGUGCAGGAAGCACUUGAUAGAGUCAUGAUGAAUCGUACUACUGUUAUAGUAGCUCAUCGUUUGAGCACAGUGAGAAAUGCUGAUACUAUUGCUGUUAUUCAUCGUGGUUCGAUUGUUGAGAAGGGUUCACAUAAGGAGCUAAUAAAGGAUCCAAACGGUGCAUAUAGCCAACUUAUCCGGUUGCAGGAAAUGAGCCAAAAUUCGGAUUCAUUGCUUCAAUCUGAUAAUGAGAAAAGUAGUCUUUCAGUUGACAGAGCAAGGCGUUCGAGCCAAAAGCCAUCCUUCAAACGGUCCAUUAGCAGAGAAUCAUCUUUCGGGAAUAGCAGCCGCCACAACUCAUUCUCGGCAGGAUUUGGUUUACCUGUAGGAGUUGAUGUCCCAGCAAGUGCAUCGGAUGCAGGCAAUACUAGUGCUACUGAGCAAUCAAAGGAAGUACCUCUCAGUCGUCUUGCCUCGCUGAACAAACCAGAAAUCCCAAUCUUGCUGCUCGGUGCAGCUUCUGCAAUCAUAAAUGGGCUUAUCUUCCCAGCUUUUGGACUAAUCCUAUCCAGUGUUAUUAACACUUUCUAUCAGCCACCGCAUAAGCUCAAGCAAGAUUCAAAGUUUUGGUCUUUAAUGUUCUUGAUAUUUGGAGUUGUAUCUCUAGUAGCAGAACCAGCAAGAUCAUACUUUUUUGGUCUGGCUGGUUCCAGAUUGAUUAGAAGGAUUAGAUUCAUGACGUUUGAGAAGGUUGUCAACAUGGAAAUAGCUUGGUUUGAUGAUCCUGAGAACUCAAGUGGUGCAGUUGGCGCUAGAUUAUCAGCUGAUGCAGCUACAGUUAGAAGUCUUGUGGGUGAUGCACUCGCCCUUAUUGUUCAGAACAUUACCACUUUAAUCGCUGGUUUGUUAAUCGCUUUUAUUGCCAACUGGGAACUGUCUCUUAUCAUCUUGGCAAUGAUACCUCUCAUUGGCCUCAAUGGAUGGAUAGAGAUGAAGUUCAUGAAAGGAUUUAGUGCCGAUGCAAAGGUGAUGUACGAGGAAGCAAGUCAGGUGGCGAAUGAUGCAGUUGGAAGCAUAAGGACAGUUGCUUCAUUUUCUGCAGAGGAGAAGGUCAUGGAACUUUAUAAGAAAAAGUGUGAAGGCCCAAUGAAAACUGGAAUCAGACAAGGACUUAUUAGUGGGAUUGGCUUUGGGGUUUCCUUCUUCUUGCUCUUUUGUGUAUAUGCUGCCUGCUUUUAUGCUGGAGCUCGAUUGGUCGAGGAUGGAAAGACAACAUUUGGCAAAGUUUUUCGGGUUUUCUUUGCCCUAGCAAUGGCAAGCCUUGGAAUUUCUCAGUCAAGCUCUCUAGCGACAGAUUCUACUAAAGCCAAGUCUGCAACUGCUUCUGUUUUCUCAGUUUUGGACCGAAAAUCUAAAAUCGAUCCAAGUGAUGAUUCUGGGAUGACUUUAGACGUUCUUAAAGGCAAUAUUGAGUUCCUUCAUAUUAGUUUCAAGUACCCUACAAGACCUGAUGUCCAGAUCUUCCAGGAUCUUUGCUUGUCUGUUAAAUCUGGAAAGACUAUUGCAUUGGUAGGAGAGAGUGGAAGUGGAAAGUCAACAGCAAUAGCACUGUUACAGAGAUUUUACGAUCCAGAUUCAGGCCAUAUACUUUUAGAUGGAAUAGAAUUGCAGAAGUUUAAGCUGAGAUGGCUAAGGCAGCAGAUGGGUUUGGUAAGUCAGGAACCAGUGUUGUUCAACGAUACAAUUCGAGCAAACAUUGCUUAUGGGAAAGAAGGGAAAGCUACUGAAGCUGAGAUUGUAGCUGCAGCUGAGGCAGCAAAUGCUCACAAAUUCAUAUGUAGCUUGCAGCAGGGCUAUGACACAAUGGUGGGCGAGCGAGGAAUUCAACUAUCUGGGGGGCAAAAGCAGAGGAUAGCCAUUUCUCGUUCAAUAGUGAAAGAGCCGAAGAUUUUGCUCUUUGAUGAGGCUACUAGUGCUCUUGAUGCUGAAUCUGAAAGAAUUGUUCAGGACGCAUUGGAUCGCGUGAUGGUCAACCGAACCACGAUCGUGGUUGCACACCGGCUCACGACGAUAAAAAAUGCGGAUCUUAUUGCUGUUGUUAAAAAUGGAGUGAUUGCUGAGAAAGGUAAGCAUGACAUUCUUAUGAACAUCAAUGAUGGGGCUUAUGCUUCCUUGGUAGCACUUCAGUCAAGUGCAACUAAUUCAUAAGGUAUCUAUCCACAUUUGUUUGUAGUGAUGAUAUUUUUAUAUAUCAAAAUUUUUCUCUUACAUGUUUGUAUUAUGCAAAAAAUUUUGUACCAGAGUUGUAUGUAAGGAAUAAAUAGGUCUUCUUCAAGGCAAAUAAUCAUAGCAUUUCUUUGAGAUUUUUUGCCCA